GGCGGUAUUAAAAGCGGUAGGUCCGAAACCCCUCACUUGCUUAUUGCUAUCCCUCACUUUCUUAUUGCUAUAUUCUUGAAUCGUCGCUUAAACGCGUAUGAUGUGAUGCCCUCCCUUAAAUUCGCCCCCACAUUCCCCACUACAAACAGAUACACUCACUCUCUCUCUCUCUCUCUCUCUCUCUCCACUCUCUCUCUCUUUAAACCUCCCCACCCUAUGCUUUUGGUUCUCACUAGUAUUAUCCUUUCAGCUCCCUCACCCUCUCCCACUCCCCUCUCUGUCCCCCUUUCUCAACGGUAACAAUGGCCAAGAACUCUAAUAAUCUCGUACCCUUCCUCUUCCUCCUCUUCUCCAUAACCAUAAUCAACCCUACUUUUUCCCGUCAAAUCUCACCGCGGAGUACCCCAACGACCACCUUGGACGUCUCCGCCUCGCUCUCCCGAGCCCACCAAGCCGCCUCCUUCGACCCGACAAACGAACCCCAUUAUGACCCCCUCGACCAGUCCCUUUCCUCCUCCUCCUCCUCCUCUUCCGCCGCCGCCGCCGCCGCCACCGCCACCGCCGCGAAGGAGGGCGGCGCCUUCUCUCUCGCCCUCCACUCCCGCGACUUCCUUCCUUCUCCCCACGGCCGCCGCCCCGCGAACUACAAAUCCCUCACCCUCGCACGACUCCGCCGCGACGCCGCGCGCGUCGCCGCCCUCACGGCCCGCCUCGCCCUCGCCGUCGACGGCGUCGCCAGGUCGGAUCUGAAGCCCAUGAUCGUCACCGACGCCACCGAGGAGAAAAAGGCAAUGGCGACGAUGGUGAGUGAGGAGGAGGAGGAGGUGGAGGCGAUCGAGGGCCCGAUCGUGUCGGGGACGAGCCAGGGCAGCGGGGAGUACUUCUCCCGCGUGGGGAUCGGAAGCCCGGCGAAGCAGCUCUUCAUGGUGCUGGACACUGGCAGCGACGUCACCUGGGUGCAGUGCGAGCCCUGCUCCGACUGCUACGAGCAGUCCGACCCGGUCUUCAGCCCGUCCGCCUCCUCCUCCUACUCCCCUCUACCCUGCGACUCGCCUCAAUGCCGCGCCCUCGACGUCUCCGCCUGCCGCAACUCGACCUCCUCCUGCCUCUACCAGGUCUCCUACGGCGACGGCUCCUACACCGUCGGCGACUUCGCCACGGAGACCCUAACGCUCGGGAGCUCCGAACCGGUGCGCGACGUCGCCUUCGGGUGCGGCCACGACAACGAGGGCCUCUUCGUCGGCGCCGCGGGGCUGCUGGCGCUGGGCGGGGGCGCGCUCUCGUUCCCCUCCCAGAUCUCCGCCAAGUCCUUCUCCUAUUGCCUCGUGGACCGCGACUCGCCCUCGGCGUCCACGCUGGUGCUGAGCGCGGCGGCGGCGGCGGAGGACGGCCCGGCGGUGAGGGCGCCGCUGCUGCGGAACCGGAAGAUGGAGACCUUCUACUACGUGGGGCUGCGGGGGAUCAGCGUGGGCGGGCAGAUGCUCUCGAUCCCGGAGUCGGCGUUUGCGGUGGACGAGGGGGGAAGCGGCGGGGUCAUCGUGGACUCGGGCACGGCGGUCACACGGCUGCAGGCCGAGGCGUACGCGGCGCUGCGGGACGCGUUCGCCUCCGGGACGGGGGCGCUGCCGCGGGCGCAGGGCGUGUCGCUCUUCGACACUUGCUACGACCUAUCCGGGCGCAGCAGCGUGGAGGUGCCCACGGUGUCGCUCCACUUCGCGGAGGACGGCGGGGAGCUGAGGCUGCCGGCCAAGAACUACCUGAUACCGGUGGACGGGGCGGGCACAUACUGCCUGGCCUUCGCGCCCACCUCCGGCCCGCUGUCCAUUAUCGGGAAUGUGCAGCAGCAGGGGACACGUGUCAGUUUCGAUGUCGACAAUUCUCUGGUGGGGUUCACCCCCAAUAAGUGUUAAUUAAUAAUUGUUGGGUUUAGUGCUUUGCUCGCGCUCUCUCUCUCUCACUCUAGCUUAGUUAGCUACUAUGGGGGGCUAGGGCUUUGAUAACAAGGACAAGGCCAGCCUGUCUUUUUAUAUUAUUAUUAUUAUUAUUAUUAUUAUAUAAAUGAAAUAUUUUGGGAAAAAAAAAAAGGAAAAAGGAAAUACUGUUUCUCCUUUUUCUUUUUGGUUUUUUUUUUUUUUUUUUUUUUGGGUUUUUGCCGUAGCAGUAGUACGGUAAAACCUCUUUGUUUCCGCCUGUAGCUGCUGGGCUUUAAUGCGGGUUAAUAAUUAAUGGAAAAAGAGGGUUGUGUCACCGGAUGAGCUGGUCGAUCGGUGGAUGUUGGGGGUAAUGAAUGCGAAUUGUAAUAGUUUGUUGUGUUUUGGUGAGUGGGAGCGGUGGUAACGGUUUACUUUGCCAACAAAGUGGAACGUUGGAGCAUUUAGAGGCGGACCGAGAUCAACGGACAGACUCGUUGUAGGCUUUCCGCUCCAAUACAGCUCGUAUUUCUUGUUGCUUAGAAUUACUUGCUAUGAGCAGUAGUUUAUAUUUUAA